UCCCCACUUACUUCUGGGCUUGUCCCGCACGUGAAUGACCUCGCCAAAUGACUGCUUCACGUCACUCGCUACGUACAGACUUCUCUAGGUGAGCACGUCCCACGCUUUCCACCGAUGACCAUCCCACCACCCGAAACCCACCACCACCCGCACUUGCAAUAUCGACACAUCCUCCGACAUCCUGCACACAUACACCACUGUCAACUUCCUCCGAAGCGGCACUGUGUAACCGUUCGGCACCAUCACCACGCAGCUCUCGGCUCGCUAUCCGCCGUCACAUACGGUAGUUAAGCGAGCCUCCACUUACCCAUGCCGCCUAGAGUUACUCGCUCGGCUGCAAAGUCCGUCGACCACCCCGCCAGUAACCAUCAAACGUCACCCACGGCCACUGACGAUACCGUUUCACUGCCACCGCCUCCAUCACCGAGCACGGUCCGCAAGCGUAAGGCUCCCACUACCGACCCACCCCUCCGCCGAAGCAAACGGGCCAAAGGCGGUGCAGGUGUCGUAGCAGACCCAUCAGUCCCGGUGAUAGAACGGCAGCCGCGGGCUAAGAAGGCAAGCACGGCUAUGUCCAGCGCCGGACCUUCAUCAGGCACGUCAGGCGAGUCGUCACCACAGCAAACUCCACGUGAUUCAUCCAAGCGGAAGUCCAGCCGGAGAAAGUCGAAGGAGGAUUCAAGCGGCUCGGCAUGGGCAUCAGGGUCACGUAGAUCGAAGAAAGGCUCACGAAAGGAUCAAGAUGUGCUGAUGAAGGAUGCUGAUGAGAAGGUGGACGACUCACACGACAAACCCGCAGAAGAAAGUUCGAGGCAGGAUGCAGGUGGAGGCGCGGAGGCCGGCAACGACAUGCCAAAACGCUAUACCGAAGAAGAGCUUGACGAGAUGGCUCAGAGGGAAGAUCCAUUCAGUGCCGGCUACCCUCGGCUGUAUGGCGGUCACUCUGGCCUGUCUAGCAGUCUCAGAGCAUUGAGCGGCAUAAUGUCGAGCACAACCGGACGGCUUCGUACCAUACUAGAACAGCUCAAGACGAGAGAAGAUCCGUCCGUGCAACUGAUAGCGUUGCAAGAUCUGUCCGAGCUUCUGCUAGUGUCAAAUGAGGAUAAUCUCGCCGGCCACUUCCAACCAGAUCAAUAUGUGAAGGAGCUGGUCACGCUGAUGCAGCCCAACGAAUUCACUGGUGAGGAAAACCCAGAGAUGAUGCUGCUUGCAUGCCGCUGCAUUGCGAACAUGAUGGAGGCGUUACCAGCCGCCACAGCGAGCAUAGUCUACGGUGGCGCAGUACCCAUACUGUGCCAGAAGCUGCUCGAAAUUCACUUCAUUGAUCUAGCCGAGCAAGCUCUCAGUACGCUUGAGAAGAUCUCUGUCGAGUUCCCAUCGUCCAUAGUCCGCGAGGGCGGCUUGACGGCAUGUCUGAGUUACCUCGACUUCUUCGCCACCAGCACUCAACGGACGGCCGUCACCACUGCUGCGAAUUGUUGUCGUAACAUACCGGAGGACUCGUUUCCGACAGUGCGCGAUGUCAUGCCUAUACUGCUCAACACACUCUCGAGUAGCGAUCAGAAGGUGGUUGAGCAAGCCUCGUUGUGUGUCUCACGCAUAGUCGAUAGCUUCAAGUACCAAGAGAGCAGACUGGAGGAACUCGUCAGCACCGAUCUACUCAAGGCCAUUCUUCGUCUCUUGCUGCCCGGCUCAACGAACCUCAUUGGCCCGAGCAUCCAUACACAGUUCUUGCGCGUACUCUCUACCACUGCUCGUGCAAGUCCACGUCUUUCAGUCGAGCUACUGAAGAUGAACGUUGUUGAUACACUUUAUCAGAUUUUGACUGGUGUGUCCGCGCCUCAUGGUACCAACGACGCUGCAUCGAAGAUCGACAAGAACAUCAUCAUGCAAGCUGUUAUUCGUACACCUCGAGAUCAAAUAUUCGAAACCUUGAAUGUCGUCUGCGAGCUUCUUCCUGCGGUCACUCGAGACGGCCUGAUGUUCUUGGACGAUAUCUACGACGCAGGCUACCCGCCAUCGGACCACGUCUCUAUGUCCGCUCGCUCCAAAGCUUCGACGAACGACACAAAGCUAGAGCUCCUGAAAGACUGUCCAGAUGAGGUCAAGCGUUUUGCGGUCAUUCUGUUUCCAACUUUGAUGCACGCCUUCACGUCUACUGUCAAUCUCAGCGUGCGGCAAAAAGUACUUACUGCUCAGCUCAAGAUGCUCUCCAACUUUGAUACUGAGAUACUCGAAGAAGCAUUAAGGGGUAUGACAUACGCUUCGCACCUGGCGUCCAUUCUCUCGCAGCAAGAGAAUAGCUCGCUUGUCACCUAUGCGUUGCAGGCCGCUGAGCUACUGCUGAAGCGGCUGGAGGCCAUCUACAGACCGCAGUUCUACCGUGAAGGCGUGAUGGCAGAGAUUUCUCGCCUAUCCGAGCGGCCGCUGAAGGCUGAUACGCCCAUUGAUCCAUCAGCCGUCUCUGUCGAAGACCCUGCCGGCCAGGUAGAAGAGGACGAAGACGACGGUGGCGAUGAUGACGAUGACGACGAUCCCGAGCCUGAGGGUGAUGAACCGGCCACGAUUGAAGUAGACAUGGACAAUGACGAGGAGGACAAUGACGACGAGGUGGACGAGGGAGGAGAUGAGGAGAAAGAUGACGUGCGUGAAGAGAUUGCACGGCGUCUCCAGAACGAGGACGAGAACGAAGAGGAUGAUGAUGCGGCGGAGGACCGUGUACAAGUGGAGUCUGAGCCGUCUCCGACACGGCCACGUCAUGUCAAUGACCCUCAGGAUGUUAUCACGCAACGUGCAAAGCGCUUCCUCGACGCUCAUGGAAAUGAAGGCACUUCAGAUAUGCGCGACAAAGCAUCGCGUGUGCUGGACGAUCUUCGUGGCCUGGCUUCCCAGCUCACAUCCUGCUACAGCGGCCAUACCGGGCGGGGCGGCAUGGAGCUUUUCAAGCGUUUGGCCACAUACUUCGAAGGUGAUGCGCUUGAGAGCAUUACAAGCUACGAGUUGAUGACGUCUGGUGUCGUGGAAGUCCUCCUUGCACUCUUCAAUGAUCAGCAUGAGCAAGCCGCGACAGAAGCACGCUCAGACUUCCUUGAGGUCUUCAUGUCCGCGAAUGGCAAAGCGAAGAUCGCCACCGGUGCAGCUGGAUCUCCAGUCACCCCAUUCAGCGUUUUCGUGCUCAAGCUUCAAGAUCUUCUCAGCCGCGCCGAGCACUUUGAGGUCAUCACGGUUCAUCACAAUGCUUUUGACAGCAACCGCAGCAGCGCAGCGUCCAUGCUCGCGAAGCAGCUCCGUCUGAAGCUUAUUGCUGACGACGACUCGGGGAUUCCACGUCACUUCCGGAACAUCAUGGUUUCCAUCCAUGCCAUCGCAACGUUUAAAGCUUUGGACGACUAUCUACGCCCCCGCAUCACCCUGUCGGAGCGAGCGCCUCGUGCCCGUCGCGAAGGUAUUUCCAGUGCCAUGGAAGCGUAUGCUGCAGUGAUGGCUGGCCGGAGUGCGCGCUCUGGCCCACCGCCUCCUGUGCUACCAACACUUGGCAGCUCUUUGCCCACAAGGACAGCGUCCAGCAAGCCAUCAAGAAGUAAGUCCAGCAAGUCAGAGCCUACGGUACCGUCAGAGGCCAACCGUCCUGACGAUGCGACGAGCCGAUUGCGUCGAUCCUCAAGGAGGCACUCUUCGCAGCCAUCGUCACUGGUCCCGGCGCCACCGGUACCCUCGGACCCAGCGCAGCCCGAAGCAAAUGGGCAAGAUCCACUGGAAUGCGCAGAUGAAGCCCAAAUCGAGGACGAGGAUGAUGACGACAUCGAAGCGGACCUUGAGGCGCUCGUGGACGAUCUCGAAGAAGGCGGACUCGGACAGGAUGUGCCAGAUCCUUCCGCAGUAAACUUAGAGGUCGCCAACUCUGGCAAGGUUACUGCUCGAACGGACGAUGGGGCGCGCGUCAGCACUCCUUCCCACGGGGUGCCGACACCGACUCACAAAGACCGACUGUCGGCCUCCGCACGACUGGCUCUGGCUCGCGAGAUGCUGUCGACCCCAACUUCUUCCACCAGAGCUCUGUCGUACGCUUCUGCAUUGCAGCAAACGCCGCAGGAUUGGCACAUUGAAUUCAGCAUCAAUGACCAGCCAAUCUCCAGCGAGACCACGAUCUACCGUGCCUGUCACUUUAAUCAGACACAUGGCGAUGAUGUAUCCGCACGCAAUAUCUGGCAUGCUACGCAUACGAUCAAUUUCAAACGCGUUCCGGGCCCGCCGCCAGCAGAGCGUACCGCUCUCACACCGCAGCAGGAAGUCGCACCGUUGUCGCAGGAAAAUGGGCUGCCGCCGUCGCUGGACAAGAACCCAAUCACUUCUGGCAUUCUGCGUUUGAUGAGUAUUCUGCAUGAUCUGAACGCAAACCUGGAUGAUGUAUUGGCGGAGAACAAGAAACCAGUCCACCUCAACGCAGAGCCUCUGUCGCAAUUCGUCAAUACCAAAUUGACAGCCAAGCUCAAUCGACAGCUUGAGGAGCCUCUUAUUGUGGCCAGCCAAUGCUUGCCAAGCUGGAGCGAAGACUUGGCUCGCCUCUACCCGUUCCUCUUCCCGUUCGAGACACGCCAUCUCUUCCUGCAAUCUACCUCAUUCGGCUACGCUCGCUCAAUGGCUCGCUGGCAAAGCUCGCAAUCUGAGAACGAUUCGAGACACCGGAACCGAGAUGAUAGACCGUUCCUUGGGAGACUGCAGCGGCAGAAGGUCCGUAUCUCGCGUACUCGCAUCCUCGAGUCCGCCAUAAAGGUUAUGGAGCUCUAUGGUGGCUCGCAGAGCAUUCUCGAGGUCGAGUAUUUCGAGGAGGUCGGCACCGGUCUUGGCCCGACGCUGGAGUUCUACUCAACCGUUUCGAAGGAGUUCUCGAAGAAGAAAACCAAGCUUUGGCGCGAGAACGACUCCGGAGACCACGGCGACUAUGCAUUCGGCAGGCGCGGCCUCUUCCCAGCACCCAUGGACGAGACUCUGGCGAACAACGAGAACGGCAAGAAGGUGCUGCAUCUCUUCACCAUGCUCGGCAAGUUUAUCGCGCGCUCUAUGAUUGACUCUCGCAUCAUCGAUGUGUCAUUCAAUCCAACAUUCUUCCGCGUCGGUGAUGGUACGGCAACAGUAGCGCCGUCUCUCGGCGCGGUGGCUGCUGUCGAUGAGGAUCUGGCAAAAGCAUUGAAGAUGCUGAAGAAGUACGCCAGCGCAAAGCAGCGUAUUGAGGGAGAUGACGGGCUUUCAGCGUCUCAGAAGCGGCAAAAGAUCGACGAAAUCCGUAUUAAUGAUGCGAAGAUAGAGGACCUGGGUCUUGACUUCACGCUCCCAGGCUACCCCCACAUCGACCUCAUCGAACGCGGCUCGAGCACGAAUGUCACCGUCGACAAUGUCGGACAAUACAUUAACGCUGUUGUCGACUGCACACUUGGCUCUGGUGUUCAGAGGCAGGUUGACGCUUUCCGCGCAGGUUUCUCGCAAGUCUUCCCAUACUCGGCGCUCAAGGCGUUUACGCCGGACGAGCUCGUUAUGCUGUUCGGUCGUGUGGAGGAGGACUGGUCGCUUGAAACGCUCAUGGAUUCGAUAAAGGCGGACCAUGGCUACAACUUGGACAGCAAGAGCGUCCGCAACUUGCUGCAAGUUAUGUCGGAGCUUUCACCACAAUCGAAGCGUGACUUCUUGCAGUUUGUCUCGGGCAGUCCGAAGCUGCCGAUUGGAGGCUUCAAGGCUCUCACGCCCAUGUUCACUGUCGUUUGCAAGCCAAGCGAGCCGCCUCUGACAUCGGACGACUACCUGCCGAGUGUCAUGACGUGCGUCAACUAUCUCAAGAUGCCAGAUUACACAUCCAUGGAAGUGCUUAAGGAGAGGCUUGGAGUCGCUAUCAGAGAAGGGCAGGGCGCCUUCCACUUGUCGUAAGGUGGACUGCAUCUGUGGAGCCUGAAUCAACGACAGACCCGCAGUGUUCUAUCUGGUGUUGCGUUUCGGAGUAUGCAUAGCCCCGGCGUUAUAACACUUUCUCACAAGCGACGAACAACAGCUACGGUUGGGAACGAUGGGCAUUUGGCGGUCACGGGACUUGGUGGGUAUGGAGUUACAUGGCUAACAGACUGGGUUCACGACUGAUGUCCCCUACACGGCGUGUGUGAGGUUCGUACCUGAAGAAGCUACAAUUUCGCGCUAUACCAAGUGUGAUUAACAUUUCUCAAGCCUGCUGCUUUGCAUUGCCACGACCUCCAAUCUGCUCUCAUUCAUGUUGUUUCUAGGCCUAGACUUCGCGUGCAUGAGCCCUUUUCCAGCUAGCGCAACGCCCCAGCCACAAGAGCUUGCGCCAC